AAUCAGAAAAACGUUUAUUCAACUAACGACGCCUAUUUGACAACAAAUUAACAAUAUGUGGCGUUCUCUCAUUUAUUGUGUUAAUUGAAUUUUUUUAAAAUGUUAAAGUUUGAUUGGGAGGAUAUUUUUGGAAAAGGGUUUCCUAAAAUCAAACAUGUUUGUGUUCCUUCUUUUUUAGGAAACUCAUUUUCUCCAUGAAACUCUUUCUUCAGGUUUUUUAUUCCAAACUCUCGCUCGCUCUACCAUUCUCAACUCUGGCCAUGCAACUAAAAUCGUCUUUCUUCACUUACGAAGUUUAGUGUAUAGUUAUUGAAGUUUUUUGUCUCUGUCUACCAUUGAAGUCUUGGGAAAAAAUUUCGCUUGUGGCCAUCGUAGUGUCUUUUCUGGAAAGGAGACUUUUUUUGGUUGUCGCCAUUGUUCCUUCGUGAGUUGGGUUCGUUAGGCUUCUCCCAAGGGAUAUGGUUCCAUAGAGUCUAUCAGAGUUUGUUGAUUGCCUUUUUAUCUUUCUCUUCCUUCCCCUUCCAUUCUAUAUCAGCUAGCUGGAAAAAGGGUUGUCUCGAUGUGACUUGUCAUCCUUCAUGGUUGUCUUCUAACUCUUAUGGCUACUCCAUGCGGCUAGCGCCUUCCCAUCCGAGUGACAUAAGCCUUCCCCUGCAGUUUUCUUCAGCUUGAAAAAAAAAGCAUUUCUUAUCCAUUGCUCGUAGGGGUACUACUUACAAGAAUUUCGCUGAUUACCGAAGGUUUUUUACCGAAGGCCUUGGAACCCUCGGUAAAUACUGUUUUUCGACGGUCACAAUGAGAAUUACCNAGGGGCAUGAUGAAAUGUAUUUACCGAAGGCCUCGAGAGCAUUACCGAGGGAUUUAUGGCCUUGGGUAAGAGGCUAGACUUUAAAAUGAAAAAUUGGGGGUAUUGUAGAAGGUCGUCCUCAAUUUCGUAAGACAAUCCCCAAUUUCGCGUGGUGCACCCCGUUCUCUCCCUCUCCAUUCCCGUCCCCAAUUGAACUACCAUUAUGCUUCCCAUUAUCUUCGUCUCCCUUUCCCGUCUGUCCGGUGGCAUUGGGUGGUUAGGGUUCACUUGGCAAACCUUCCCCGUAGUGGUGUUCAAGUGUUUGUUCCACCAGUGUGUUGGCGUUGCUAUCAGCGGGUGGUCCGUUAACAUCACGGCGUGUGGCGUUUCUGUGAAGAGGGUGCUCCUGUGACGUGAGGGUUCUUCGUCAACGGAAGCUAUUGGGAGACCAUUCGAGGGUGAGCUUGAGAAGGGCUUUGAAUUGCUUCAAAAAAGGGAUGAAGAGAGUAUANGGAGAAUACGUGACCACUGACAAGCAAAGGAAAGCAAAGGGAAAGAAAAGGAGUUUGAAUUGUGGCCAGAANGGGAGGAAGAGAGUCUACGGAGGAGACUUGAGCAGUUUAGGAAAGCAAAGGCAAAGAACAUGGCCUAUUUUCUCAACCAUCGUGCAUGGAUGUACGACCGUUGUUAUAGCGGAAGGAGAGGUUUGAAGGAAUCUUUUGUCAUCGGAGUUGAAGAGUUUGUGAAGACUGCUCGACGAUGUCAAUAUUAUGUUAUUGAUGGAGGGAUUCGAUGCCCAUGCAUCAAGUGNGAAUGUACAAGGAUUUUGAAAGAUGAAGACGUUAAAGUUCACCUAUACCAAAAAGGGUUCAUGCCUAAUUACACGGUUUGGACAUUUCAUGGUGAAGAAAUUCCUUCGACCUCCAAUAGAGUUCAAAAUCGGCUUGCAUCAGGUUCGAAUACUGUUCUACAUACAACUGAGAUAGAUCAAUUUGCCUAUAUGCAAGACAUGGUCGACAAUGCUCUUCGUCGACAUGACGAACAAGAAGCAAACGAUAGUCAUGAUGAAGAGUCUCCAAAUGAAACCACUCAGAGGUUUUACAAAUUACUGAGAGAAGCAAAUCUACCUGUAUUUGAAGGUUCAUCUGAGUCAAAAUUGUCAGUGUCCAUUAGACUCUUGGCUGGUAAAUCUAAUUGGAACGUUCCCAAUCAAGCAGUGGAUCACUAUACAAAAUUGAUUUUAGAUCUGACACCACCAAACAAUUCUAUUCCAAAGAAUUGUUAUCAAGCCAAGAGAUGUGUUUCAAUGUUGGGAUUGAAAGCCAAGAAGAUUGAUUGUUGUGUUAAUGGAUGUAUGCUGUUAUAUGACAAUGAUAGUGGCAAAAAUGAUGCUUUGUUGGUUGAAUGCAAGUUUUGUGGCUCUCCUCGAUAUCAUACGAUGCAUGCAGGACGGAGGCAAAAAAAACCAAUUCCCUUAAAGUCCAUGUUCUACUUCCCCAUUAUUCCAAGAUUACAAAGAAUGUUUACUUCAAUGCAAACAUCACAACACAUGACAUGGCAUGAUGGUAAGAAAACUGAAGGAGUUUUGCGCCAUCCUUCUGAUGGUGAAGCUUGGAAGCACUUCAAUCGUAAACAUCCGUCCUUUUCUAUCUCUGUUUCAUCUAAUUUCUUUGUUGUUUUGAGUUCUAAUUGUGUUUCCAGUUGCUGUCUUCAUGUUUCCACUGUGUGA